AUGGCGAUUCCGGUGUUUCCGGAUUACUCUGGGGACCCCGCAGCAGCAGCAGCAGCAGCAGCAGCAGCAGCAGCAGCAGCGCCCGCAGAAGCAGCAGCAGCAGCAGCAGCAGCAGCAGCAAACCGCCACAAAGUGCCCCUCGUGCUGCAGCAGCCGCUGCUGCUCUCCGUUUGCCGCCCGGGGGCCCUUAAUGUCUUUGCGCUGCUGGCCCACGGCCUGCGCGUGGUCUACGAAGCCGAGGGAGUCGGCGGCCUUUUCAGGGGUUUUGUUCCUUCUUGCUUGCACAGGCUGUGCCGGGACGGGCUGCACUGGUUGCUGCUUCGUUACUGCUACAGAGAGACUGUCUUCUGCAGCCAGUAUCUUUUUGACCUCCUUGGGCGCUGUUUUGGCUUCUUCCGGGGAAAGGCAGUUGAGCCCCAGCUGGAGUCUUUGGAGGCCCUAGCAGAGAGCAGCAGCAGCAGCAGCAGCAGCAGCAGCAGCAGCAGCAGCAGCGACAGCAGCAGCAGCAGCAACGGGAGUAUAAGGCUGGCUGCGGAGUUUGCUGCUUAUCCGCUGCUGCUGCUGGCGACGCGGCUGUCGGUGGUGGAGGUCCCUGGUGCUGCUGCUGCAGCAGUUUAUUUUCCUGCUGCUGCUUCUCCUUUGAAGUUUGUGUCUUUUGCUGCUGAGCUGCUGUCUGCUGCAGCAGCAGCAGCAGCAGCAAGAGACAUGCUGCAGCUCACGCUGCGGGCUGAUGGCUUUGCUGCUUUUUGGAGAGGCUCUUUUCCUUUUAUUUUGUCUCGAUCAGUAGAUGAAUUAGUUGCUGCUUCUUUUUUUCUUUACAACAAAGCCUGCUGCAGCAGCAGCAGCAGCAGCAGCAGCAGCAGCAGCAGCAGCAGCAGCAGCAGCGGCAGCAGCAGGGGCGAGGGCGGCGGAGGGAAGCGCGUCAGCAGCAGCGGCAACGGCGCAAACGGCAGCAGCAGCAACGGAGCCAACAGCAGCAGCAGCAGCAGACGCAGCAGCAGCAAGAAGGAAGCCGAGGAGGAAGCAGCAGCAGGAGAUGCUGCUACUGCUGCUGCUGCUGCUGAUGCUGCAGCAGCAACAGCAGCAGCAGAACCAAGGCAGCAGCGAAGACCAAAAGCAGACGAAAACUCCGUCGAGAAAAGGCUGCAGCAACUUGAAGAAUACACCAUGAGAGCCUGGCUAUCUGCUAUUCUGGGCACUGCUGCGGCUCCCCUGGCGCAGCUGUCCGUAAUUCAGCGCUGCCAGUCUCGCCUAGAGGGCCUCUGCGUGUACCAGCCGUGGUUUAAAGUGCUGGCGGGGAUGCCGUGGAAGGUUCGCUUAAAACCCUAA